AUGACUUCUUUUGGACAUGUUUCAUACUUUCUUCUUCAGUUCUUAUAUUACGCCAAAUUGUCAGUCGACAUGUCCAUGUUCUGGAGAAGGCCACAAAAUCAUCCGGAGAAUGAUGCUGCAGCACGGGAUUCAAAGGUUAGAGAGCUAAGGGAAGGUCUUGGUCCACUAUCUGGUCGCAGCUUAAAGUUUUGCACUGAUGCAUGUCUAAGAAGGUAUUUAGAAGCUAGAAAUUGGAAUGUUGAUAAAGCCCACAAAAUGUUGGAGGAGACUCUUAAGUGGAGGUCAACCUUCAAGCCAGAAGAAAUCCGUUGGCAUGAGGUAGCACAUGAAGGUGAAACUGGCAAAGUCUCCAAAGCUAAUUUUCAUGACCGACUGGGGAGAACUGUCCUUAUUAUGAGGCCUGGAAAGCAGAACACUGCAUCUCCCGAGGGAAAUAUUCGUCACUUGGUGUAUCUAAUGGAGAAUGCAAUUCUACACCUGCCUGAAGGGCAAGAACAAAUGUCGUGGCUUAUAGACUUCAACGGAUGGUCAUUGAACACAAACGUUCCAAUUAAAACAGCACGAGAUAUCAUUUACAUUUUACAGAAUCAUUAUCCAGAGAGACUUGCUAUAGUUGUUCUCUAUAACCCACCAAGAAUUUUUGAGGCAUUUUGGAAGGUUGUAAAAUACUUUGUGGAUCAGAAGACUUUUAAGAAGAUAAAGUUCGCCUACCCAAAUAAUAAAGAUAGCUUGGAGCUAAUGAAAACCUUUUUUGACACUGAAAAUCUUCCUAGCGAAUUUGGGGGAAAAGCUACUCUGAAAUACGAUCAUGAGGAGUUCUCAAGAUUGAUGGCCCAAGAUGAUAUGAAAACCGCAAAGUUCUGGGGAUUCGAUGACAAACAGGUGGUGGUUACAGAGCCAGUGAGCCUUGCACCACCUGCUAUAUGA